AGCUCCUUUUAUUCAGUACACCACUCUCCUUUUCUCUUCUCAAAUAUUUAGUGAUAUUUGUGAUCAAUGAUGAGUACUGCAGCAAGAAGUCGAUUUCCAUUCACAGCAAAUCAAUGGCAAGAACUUGAACAUCAAGCUCUUAUUUACAAGUACAUGGUUUCUGGAAUGCCUGUUCCACCUGAUCUUCUUUAUACUAUCAGAAGAAGCAUGGAUUCUUCCCUUUCGUCAAAGCUCGUUCUCCACCAACCUCACCACAUUGGAUGGAACUGUUUUCAAAUGGGAUUUGGGAAGAAAAUAGAUCCAGAGCCAGGGAGAUGUAGAAGAACAGAUGGUAAAAAAUGGAGAUGUUCAAAAGAAGCUUAUCCAGAUUCCAAAUACUGUGAAAGACACAUGCACAGAGGCAGAAACCGUUCAAGAAAGCCUGUGGAAAUUAUGACAACAACAUCAACUAACACAUCAACAACAACAAGACCUAUUUCUACUGCUACUAAUACUACAGCUCCAACAGCAAUUUCCAUCUCAUCAAUCAACAAAAACACAAACAAUAUUUCCUCUUCUAGCCCCACUUCUUCCCUUCACUCUUUUUCUUAUUUGUCAUCAACUCAUGAACCCCACCAAUAUCCUUUCCUUUAUCCUCAUUCUUCUUCCUCUAGACCAUCCCCUGCUGCCAUUGGUUUGGAAUCUUCUGCUUACUCCAGAAAUGGAUAUGGAGAUGGAAUGAAGGAGGAUGUAGAUGAGCAUAUUUUCUUCUCAGAAACUUCAGGGACAGUGAGAAGUACAUGUGGUUCAAAUUCAGUGGAUGAUACUUGGCAAUUAUCUCCAUUAACAAUGGCUUCACCAAUGAAACAGAGGACUUACUCUCUAUCACAGAAUACAGGACACUCAGCUUCUUCUUACUUACAACUUCAAAGCUUAAAUGAAUCAUCAAAAGAUCAUCAUCAUCAGUAUUAUAAUGAUGCCAAAAGUAUAAAAUUAGAGACAGAAGAUCAGCAGCACCAGCCUAAGAAAGUAAUGCACCAUUUUUUUGAUGAAUGGCCAAAAGACAACAAAGAUUCUUGGCUUGAUUCUGAGGAUAAAUUUUCAGGCCUUUCCAAAACUCAACUCUCAAUUUCAAUACCAAAUCCCUCACAUGACUUCUUCAUCACUACUAAUGGUAAAUUAUCAAGAUUUCUUUUUCAUUUGAUAACUUUUACGUGGUCUGAGGGAGCCUUGGAGCAAUUGUAAAGUUGUUUUCGUAUAAUCUAUAAGAUCUCGUUUGGAUUGGCUUAAAAAAGUGGGAUUUCAUCAAAAAUAGCUUUUAAGCCAAAAAACAAUAAGUUGGGGUUACCUUGCUUAUUGUUUUUGGCUUGUUUUAAACACUUUUAAAACUUUGCCUAACAUUGGAAAAAAAGAAGCUAAAAAGAGCUUAAAAGCCGAUUUGACCAGCUUAAAAGUCAAUCCAAACACGCUCUAUGUCACGUGUUCGAGCCGUGGAAGCAGCCAUUAAUAGUUGCAUUAGGAUAGACUGUUGCCCUUUCCCAACCCUGUAUGAAUACAAGAUUCUUCGUGUAUCAGGUUUUUUAUUUUUUAUGUCAACUUUUACAUGGUUAUGGCCAAAACAUUUCUGUUUUGACCAGAAUAGUUUAUCUUUGUUUUUGCAGAGAAAUGAGCUUUGUGAAUCAAAGAAGUGGCCAAAAGAGUACUAACUACUUCAAUGGUGGUGGGGCGGUGCUUAUUCUGAUGUAACUUUCCGUAUACCAUGUGUUGUGUGUUCUGAAAAAACUGUUUUUUUUUUUCUUAUUUAUAUAAGUGUAGUAGUACUUUAAAUUACAAGUAUGUGGUGUUUGGCUAACUGAGCUAUUUCACAUGGUAAUAUUUGGUUGUCAGCAGCAUUGUAUUCCUUUCCCCUCCCUAACAUUACUACUACUAUUGUAUUUGUUAUGUUUGAAUUCGUUGAGCUGACUCAGGUUUCUGCUAUUUUUGCCACAU